AUGCAGUUUAAUGGCAAGCGAAGUUGUAUCAAUGAUGAGCAGAACACUGAUUCAGAUUCUUCACGCCUCUCUGAGAGCACAGCUUCUUCUAGUGACUCGGAAUGUUCAAGACAGAGCUUUAACAGUGAUUCUUCAAGCAAACCCAGUUCCCCAGCGUCAGCAAGCCCUCCCAAGGUUAUUACAUUUGAUGAACUGAUGGCAGCUGCAAGAAAUUUGACAAACUUGACUCUAGCUCAUGAAAUAGCUGUAAAUGCAAAUUUUUGCAUAAAACAUGAAGACUUACCACAGAACAGCUUUGCUGGCACAGUGAAACAAAUUGUACACAAGGCGUUCUGGGAUCAUUUGGAAUCAGAACUGAAUGAAGAUCCUCCAGAAUAUGAACAUGCUAUCAAGCUUUUUGAGGAAAUUAAGGAGAUUCUUCUUUCAUUCCUGACUCCUGGAGCAAACAGGAUUCAAAACCAAAUUUGUGAAGUUCUGGAUACAGAUCUUAUAAGACAGCAGGCAGAACAUAAUGCUGUUGAUAUUCAUGGGCUAGCAAUCUAUAUCAUCAACACUAUGGGAAAGUUGUGUGCUCCAAUAAGAGACAACGAUAUAAAACAGUUAAAAGCAACUGACAAUAUCGUGGAAUUACUCAGAGAAAUAUUUCGUGUUUUGGACCUGAUGAAACUGGAUAUGGUGAAUUACACAAUUCAAAACCUCCGCCCAUACCUUCAGCGUAAUUUGGUGGACUAUGAAAGAACAAAAUUCCAGGAAAUUCUUGAAGAAACACCAAGUGCUCUGGAUCUCACAACAGAAUGGAUAAAGGAAUCAAUAGAAGAUGAAUUGUCAUCUAUUUCUGAUGAAUCUUCAUCAUCCCCUGUUGCUGAUGGUGGUUCUAAACCGACUAUUAGUCCCACACUGGUGCUAAACAAUGGCUACUUGAAACUGUUACAAUGGGAUUAUCGCAAAACAAUUCCAGAGACUCUAAUAACAGAUGAAGUUCGUCUUCAGGAGUUGAGAGAAAAGCUCAAUCAAUUAAAAAUCAUAGCUUGUGUUUGUCUCAUAACAAACAAUAUGGUGGGUGCAGCAAUUGUAGAUGUUCCUGAUUUUGCUGAGCAACUGAAAAGGAUCUCUGUUCCGCUUCUUGAAGGCAUGAGCAAGAAAAAUUUUGAUUUGAAGGAGGCUCUGAAUGCUAUUGGUGUCCAGAUUUGCAGCAAAGUGAACAGGUCUCUGACUGAAAGAGGUCUUCCCACUCUUAGUGAAGAAACGCAGAGUAAUUUACUGGGUCAAAUUGCUCACAUUGUCGAAGAGAAUAAUCCCGUCAGCUCCUUGAUUGACAAACGAAUCCAGUUCUUCAUGCGGAGCUUGCUUGCUCUCCCGAGCUUUCAGAAGUGUAUGCCUGCUAUGCCAGGAGGCCUCUCUGUGAUUCAGGCGGAGAUGGAGCUUGUUGGAUCUCAGUAUGCGAGCAUUGUAAACUUCAAUAAACAAGUGUAUGGACCAUUCUAUGCAAACAUACUUAGAAAACUGCUUUUUCCUGAGGCACCAAUGGGGAAAGCAGAAACAGAAACUCCUACCAGUUAA